AGGUUUCAGUAGUGAAAUGGAAAAAUGAUGGCGGUAUUUAUGCUCUAAAAUCUCUGCAUAAGUAUGAUAUGCUGAAGCGCGCUGAUCGUGCUUGUUUUUUAGAAGAACGAGAUGUCAUGGUAAAAGCAAUGGCUAAAAAUUCUCCGUGGAUAGCAAGGUUGCAUCACACAUUUCAGGAUGAAAAAUAUUUGUAUUUUUUGAUGGAUUUUUAUAAUGGCGGAGAUAUGCUCACUCUUCUUAGCAAAUUUGACGAUAGAAUACCGGAGAACAUCACAAAGUUUUAUGCAGCUGAAAUAGUAAUGGCUAUAAAUUCCCUACAUGAGCUCGGAUAUGUACAUAGGGAUAUAAAACCGGACAACAUACUUGUUGAGAGUUCUGGACACAUUGUUUUAGGAGAUUUUGGCUCCUGUCUGCGCUUGAAGGACGGUAUAGUUAAAGUGAAUACAGCUAUUGGUACUCCAGAUUAUAUUUCACCAGAAAUUUUGCGAGCUGCCGAAGAUAGUCACGGGACUUUUGGCAUUGAGUGCGAUUAUUGGUCUUUUGGAGUAGUUCUUUUUGAGAUGCUUUUUGGAGAAACUCCUUUUUACAGCGAGAAUCUUAUUGAAACUUAUUCCCGCAUUAUGAAUUUUUCUCAACACCUCAAGUUUCCUACAGAAUGUGGUGAUAUCAGUGAAUGUGCUAAAGAUCUUAUACAAAAGUUAAUUUGCGAUAGGAAAGCAAGAUUAGGAAGAAGUGGACUCGCUGACUUCAUAAAACACGAUUUCUUUACUGGGAUUGAUUGGGAACAUUUAAGAGAUCGUAAGUCUAUUCAUUCUUAA